UUCCCGCCCACAGCGUCACUGCACCAGCGUGCCUGUCUGCUGGGGUGGCCGGCCGUGCCACGCACCUGUAUGAUUGCUCUGGAUGUUAGCUGGGGCCAGGCCUCCCCUGUGCCUUCACUAUCUGGCCCUUUCUGGUAAAUGUAUACCUUGUUAUGCAGAAUGGUUGUUCUAGGCCCAGAGAAUUGGCUGCAGCAGGACUGAGCCCAGGAGGCACUGGAGGGCAGGGUCUGUGUGGAGACCGGGGUCCCCAUCGUCACUGUGGGGCAGAGGGGCACACACCCGAGAGCUGCACACAGACGGCUGCACUGACUCUGGAAGGCCCUGAGCCUCAGAGGCUGCCUCACAAGGUGGACGGGCAAGGCUGCUCUGUGGGCCUCGGGCCGGCGCUCAGCACCUUCCCCCGUCUGUCGAGCUCCUUUGCAGGUGACCAGGAGGUUUGGUGGCUCCUGCCUUGUUUCUUUCCAGGGAUGAUCCUGGGGGUCCCUGGGGUAGGUGGUCAGGAUUGGAGAGGAGCCUGGGGCUUGGCCUUCCACCCUGGCCACGCCACGUGCUUGGGACACCCCUUCCCACAGUAUCCAUGGCUUCCUUGGGGGGGGGGUCACUCCCCACAGUGUGUGUUUGGGGCUAGGGGGAAGCAUGUGUCAUGGGACUCCAGCACUGGUCCCCUCAAACUGAGGCCCUCUUUGUGGACUCAGCUCUGGCCAGAGGACAGUUUAGCGCUGGGAAGUUCAUGCCGGCCUUCUCUUGGAGCUGUGGGUCUGGGGCCACGGAGACCUCUCGGGUGUUUUCCUGCUUCUUCGCCAGCCUCCUGGGGCUGUGUGCACAAGUGUUGGCCUCUUAGUUCCCCUCCAGCCUGGGCUGGGGAGAGGGCUCGUGUCCUGCAGAGUGCCCCAAGUGCUGCUGAUGGCACUUCAUGCCAAGGGCAGCCUGAUGGGAUGGCGCGCUAGGGCCGGGCAACAGGACGCCGACAGCUGCUGGCGGGGCCUUCUCACUUGUCCUUGUCAGUCUGCUGGGUUCCUUUUAUUUUUGCUGGAGAUGGGGUCCAGCUCUGUCACCUGAGCUUAAGUGCAGUGAUACGAUCAUGGCCCACUGCAGCCUCAACCUCCCGGGCUCCAGUGGUCCUCCUGCCUCAGCCUCCCAAAGUGCUGCUAUUCAGGCAUCGGCCACUGUGCCUGGACUGGUUUGUUGUUUUAACAAAGUCAGGACGUCUUGUUUUUCUUUCACUUUCUUCAAGGCGGUUUGGGAUUUGGCUCCACCAGCCGCUGUGCUGCUGGCUUUCUACCCUUCCCCUGGCCCAUCCAGCUUCCUUUGUGCCCUUGAGCCCCUGCCCCAGGAUGGCCAUGGCCACGGCCACCAAACAGCCUCGGAGCGGCCCCCUGGACUCCCCGCUCCAAAGUCCUCGUUUAGCUCCCGGCAGAGUGGCUCUCACCUGCGCUCUGGGGUGAACUGCCUGGCCCAGCUCCAUCCUCUCUGGCUGCACAUGGAUAGUCCAUGGCCCCAGCCUCUCCCAUCUCUCCCACCCCUCUCCAGGGGCCCAGGUCCCCGUGCACAUCCCUUGGAUGGGUCUGUGCCUGUGCAGGGCUGUCACGUCUUGGCUUGGCCAGUGGCUUGGGUCCCUCCCACCCCCAGAAGCACCAAGCUCCUGGCACCAGGCGUGGGACCGAAGCCAGUUUUCUCAUGACACAACUUCCUCCCGCUGCUUCCCCUAUAAACUAGCUGCGUUGACUCUCAGUGCCCCUUUGCUGGUGUGGAGCAGCAGCCUGGUGUCCCUGAGCCUGUGGGAAUGUUUGCAGCCAGGUGCUGCCCACCUACGACAGCCUGGAUGAGCCAUCGGUGAAAACCAUGAGCUCCAUAUUUGCCUCCUCCCUCAACGUGGUCACCACCUUCUACGUCAUGGUGGGGUUUUUCGGUUACGUCAGCUUCACCGAGGCCACAGCCGGCAACGUGCUGAUGCACUUCCCCUCCAACCUGGUGACGGAGAUGCUCCGUUUGGGCUUCAUGAUGUCAGUGGCUGUGGGCUUCCCUAUGAUGAUCCUGCCGUGCCGGCAGGCGCUGAGCACACUGCUGUGUGAGCAGCAGCAAAAAGAUGGCACGUUUGCAGCAGGGGGCUACAUGCCCCCCCUCCGGUUUAAAGCACUUACCCUCUCUGUGGUGUUCGGGACCAUGGUUGGUGGCAUCCUUAUCCCCAACGUGGAGACGAUCCUAGGCCUCACGGGUGCAACCAUGGGAAGCCUCAUUUGCUUCAUCUGCCCAGCGCUGAUCUACAAGAAAAUCCACAGGAACGCGUUUUCCUCCCAGGUGGUGCUGUGGGUUGGCCUGGGCGUCCUGGUGGUGAGCACUGUCACCACGCUGUCUGUGAGCGAGGAGGUCCCUGAGGACUUGGCAGAGGAAGCCCCCGGCGACCAGCUUGGAGAGGCCGAGGGUCUGAAGAAGGUGGAGGCAGUGCGGCUCUCAGCCCAGGAUCCGGUCGCGGCCAUGGCCGAGGAUGGCCGGGAGAAGCCGAAGCUGCCGAAGGAGAGAGAGGAGCUGGAGCAGGCCCAGAUCAAGGGCCCCGUGGAUGUGCCCGGGCAGGAAGAUGCGAAGGAGGCGCAGGAGGCUGCGCAGCUGGAUCGCCCCGGGCAAGGGAUUGCCGUGCCCGUGGGGGAGGCCCACCGCCAUGAGCCUCCUGUUCCUCACGACGAGGUGGUGGUAGAUGAAGGCCAAGACCGAGAGGCACCAGAAGAGAACAAGCCUCCGUCCAGAGACACGGGCGGAGAAGCUCCAGGGGUCCAGGGCCAGGUGGCACCGCCUCUGCCCGACUCAGAAAGAGAGAAACGGGAGCCGGAGCAGGAAGAGGGUGGGAAGAGGCCUGGACAGGCCCAGGCUUUGGAGGAAGUGGGUGAUUUUCCUGAAGAUCCCCAGAAAGUUCCAGAAGCAGAUGGUCAGCCAGCUGUCCAGCCUGCAAAGGAAGACCUGGGGCCAGGAAAUGGGGAUCUGCAUCCGCGGCCGCAGGCAGCACUGUCUGAGGAGCAGAAGGCCCCGGCAGCGGGUGAAGGGGAAAAGGCCAACGGGGUGCCACCACCAGGCAAUGCUGCUGGGGACACGGGGCAGCCCACAGAGGACAGCGACCAUGGUGGGAAGCCUCCCCUCCCAGCGGAGAAGGCGGCUGCAGGGGCUGGGCUGCCGGCCGAGCCUCGAGAGCAGAGGGACGUGGAGCGAGUGGGCGGAGACCAGGCGGCCAGCCAGCUGGAGGCUGAAAUUAAAAAGAUAGUAGCAGAAGCUGGCAGGGCGGAGAUGCUGGACCAUGCUGUCCUGCUUCAGGUGAUCAAAGAACAGCAGGUGCAGCAAAAGCGCUUGCUGGACCAGCAGGAGAAGCUGCUGGCGGUGAUCGAGGAGCAGCACAAGGAGAUCCACCAGCAGAGGCAGGAGGAUGAGGACGACAAGCCCAGGCAGGUGGGCAUGCAGCCAGAGCCCGGGGUGGCAGUGCCCAGAGGCCAGGAGGCCCCCGAAGGCAAGGCCAGGGAUACGGUGGAGAAUCUGCCUCCCCUGCUUUUGGACCCUGCCCUCAGAGCUCCUGGGGGCCGCCCUGCUCCAUCCCAGGACCUUAACCAGCACUCCCUGGAGCACCUUGAGGGGGCUGUGGGCAGAGAGCCUGCUGGCCCUCCAGAUGGCGGCUCUGACACGGAGCCACGGCCAGCCCCGGCCAAGCUAAGAGACGGCCAGAAGGAUGCUGCCCCCAGGGCAGCUGGCACGGUGAAGGAGCUCCUCCCUAAGGUCGCGGAGCAGGUGCUUGUGCCGGACCCCGCCAGGGAAGCCGGGGGCCCAGAGGAGGGCCUCGCAGAGGAAUUCCCCAGGCAAAAUCAGGAUGUUCCUGGUGGUGGUUCCCAAGAAAGGAAGAAACCUGGGAAGGAGGUGGCAGCCACUGGCACUGGCAUUCCGAGGGAAGCCAACCGGCUGGAGGCAGGGCCAGGAGCAGAGACAGGGGACCUUCGUGUGAAGUCCAAGCAAAUGAGCCGAGGCCUGGGCCUUGCAGAAGGCCUGCCUGGCAAGUUGGAGGGAGCAGCCAUGCAGCCCCAGGCUGCGUUACGCCAGCCGGAGCGACGGGUCAUCUCUGAUGGUGAGCAGGAUGGACAGCAGGGCCACCAGCUAGACCAUGGUGGUCACCUGGAGAUGAGAAGGGAGGCCCACGGCGGGGACCACGUGCCUGUGUCCCACAAGCAGCCAGGAGGUGGGGAGGACACUGCUGUCCAGGAGCCCAGGCAGAGGCCGGAGCCAGCGCUGGGGCCCAAACGAGCUGCCCCCAUGGCCCAGAGGCCGGACAAUGCCAAGCCCAACAGAGACCUGAAGCUGCAAGCUGGCUCCGACCUCCGGAGGCGGCGGCGGGACCUGGGCCCUCGUGCAGAGGACGAGCCGGCCCCGAAGGACGGAGUCAUCAUUGGCUUUAACCCCCCACCUGAUGUCCAGGUGAACGACCUCCGUGGUGCCCUGGAUGCCCAGCUCCGCCAGGCUGUGGGGGGCGCUUUGCAGGUGGUCCACAGCCGGCAGCUUAGACAGGCGCCCGGGGAUCUGGGGGAGGCCUAGCACCUGUUGGCCAUGAGGGCCACGCCCACCACCGCCACGGCAGCACGUCUCUCCCGGCCACGUUCUGGCGGAACUCGAGGUCACAUGCACUCUUCCCCAGGGUUUCACAUCUGAGGCCCUCACCAAGUGUGAGUGCAAGUAUAAAAGAUUUCACUGUCUGUGGCAUUGUUUCCAGAAUGUUCUUGCUGUUAUUUGUUGCACCUCUUAGUCUGAGGUCCUCUAACCUCUCGCCUCUGAGCUCACUACAGCCUGUGAGGAACGACCUCCAGGGUGAGCUGGCCGACGUGCUUUCUCCCAGGCUCAGGCUGGGGAGCUGCUGCGACUGGGGCCAAGCCUCCCGCUCCUGCUGAGAGCACGUCUUCAGGCUGAGCUCGGCCGGCGGCCAUGCGUGGAGGCACACGUGGCUGCCGAUGGUCCCAACACAGGCUACCGUGAGAGCCAGUGUCAACCCCAGACUUCAGUGACUCAGAAUUUUCAGUUUAUUGAUGUUUCCCACAGUGUGGUAGAAAUCUUGAAUAAAUUCUUGUGCCUUCGCCUGC